UGAGCUGAGAUCCCAACGACGAGAGCACGAGAGUUCCGAUCGAGAGGGAAUUCGCCGCCAUGUCGUCCUCCGGUGCUCAUCAGGCCGGCGGCCAGUCGUCCAGGUCCGCCUCCCCCAUCACCGCCGAUUGGUCGAGCGGGCACCUCCACCUCAAGAUCCACGGCUACUCCGGCACCACGAACCUCCCCACCGGGCAGUUCAGCUCCGACUAUUUCUCCCUCGGCGGCCACCGCUGGCGCGUCGAUUACUACCCCAACGGCGUCCGCGCCGACGUCGCGGACUACAUCUCCCUCUGCCUAGUCCUCGCUCAGGACGCCCCGCCGCCGGUGAAGGUGCAGUGCGAGCUUAGCCUCGUCAGCGAGUCGGGGGAGGAGCACGUCGUGCCGCCGGUGGCGUGGGCGUGGGUCGACACCUUCUUCUCCCCCUACGGCCGUCUGUGCUGCUCCAGGUUCGUCAGGAGGGCGGUUCUGGAGGCCUCCAAGCAUCUCGGGCCGGACGGUUCGCUCACCAUCCGCUGCGACGUCAUCAAGAAGUUCGCCCCGGAGGAGAUCGCCGCCUUUGUCCCCGUGCAUCCCAGCGACCUGGCCCGGAACCUGGGCGAGCUCCUCGAGACAGGGAAGGGCGCCGACGUGGUGUUCGAGGUCGGCGGCAAGACCUUCGCAGCGCACCGGUGCGUGCUCGCAGCCCUUUCGUCGGUAUUCGCCGCCGAGCUCUUCGGGCCGAUGAAGGAGAGCAACACCGCCCCCGGUGUCGUGCGCAUACCAGACAUGGAUCCAGAGGUGUUCAAGGCAUUGCUCCAUUUCGCCUACACUGGCUCGUUGCCGGAGAUCCCAAAGGAACGCGAAAGCAUGGCGUUCCAGCAUCUGCUUGUCGCCGCGGACAGGUACAAGAUGGAGCGUCUGAAGCUGAUCUGCGAGCAGAAGCUAUGCGAGCACAUUGACAGGGACACCGUGGCCAGCAUCUUUGCCGUGGCCGGGCAGCACCACUGUGCUGGGCUGAAGAAGGCAUGCUUUCGUUUUGUAGACUGUCCGGAGAAUCUGGUGGCACUCCUCGGCAGCGACAGCUUCAAGCAUCUGAUCAGGAGCUGCCCUGAUCUUGUGUCCGAGCUCGUUGAGCUCGUCGCCAAGGCCAUGAAGCCUUAGUUGAGCGAUCGAUGCCCAAUGUUUAUCCAGUGUUUUCUAGACUUGUGUAAUAAGGUAGUUGUGUAAUCAAGUAUUUAUCCAGUGUUUUCAGGUUUUCGUCCCAUAGUUGCUAUCCUGACUGCAGAAUAGUAACAGUGGGUUUCCUGAAAAUGCUCAGCUAGCUCUC